AUGGAUGUACAUGCAACUGAUAAUUUACCCGUUUUACGAGAUUAUAAUACUAUUAUUAAUGGCGUAUUUUCAUCCUUUGUGGCACUGUCACGUAAAAUUGGUGGUGAAUUACCGACUAUGAUCGAUCAUGUAACAUGUCUGUUUGAUGCUCAACAAAAAUUUAUUCAAAAAGCAUUACAAAGUAAAAAACCGACAACUGACUCAGAAAUACAAGCUUUGAUCAAACCACAAUCAACAGAAAUCGAAGCAGUUUGUGAUUAUACAAAUAAGAACCGUAAAUCACCAUUGUUUCAUCAUUUAUCAGCUAUAUCAGAAGGUAUUCCAGCAUUCGGUUGGAUUCUUGUUUCGCCAACACCUGCUUCAUAUAUCAAAGAAAUGUCUGAUGCUGCACAAUUUUAUGCUAAUCGAGUUUUAAAAGAAUUCAAAGAAAAAGAUCCUAAUCAUGUCGAAUGGGUUAAACAAUGGAUGAGAGUAUUAACUGAAUUACAUGCGUAUGUUAAACAAUAUCACACAACAGGUUUAACUUGGGGCGUUCAUGGUCAGCAGAAUUCAGGUGUUACCUCCGCUGGGGUUGGUAAUAGCAGUAAUGUAGCUGCAAGUCCACCUCCUCCUCCACCACCACCACCACCGCCGCCGCUGUCACCAUUACCUUCAUCAACUCAUGUUGACGAUGGUCCAUCACGAGCUGAACUCUUAAAUUCAAUAAAUGCUUUAGGAACAGGAGCUGCAUCUCAUUUAAAAAAGGUAUCUGAUGAACUUAAACUUCAUAAAAAUCCUCAACUAAGAGAUCAAUCCACAACUCAACCAGCCACACGAUCCGACGUAUCAAAUAAGUCUCAUGAAGCUACCUCAAAGGCUUCAUCAACAUUAACCGUGGGCCCACCUAAACUAGCACUUGAAGGCAGUAAAUGGGUUGUUGAAUUUCAUUCGGGACGAUCAGAUCUUAAAAUCACUGAAACCAAUAUGAAACAGACAAUAUACGUCUAUAAAUGUUCAAAUUCAACAUUAACCGUUCAAGGUAAAGUCAAUUCAAUUGUACUUGAUCAAUGCACUAAAGUUGGUAUUCAAUUUACAUCUGUUGUAUCAUUGGUUGAAUUCAUUAAUUGUCGUGGAAUGAAAGCUCAAGUACUGGAUCAUGUACCAACAAUUCAAAUUGAAAAAACCGAUGGUUGCCAUGUAUAUUUAUCGAAAACUUCACUAGAUACUCAAUUCAUAACAUCAAAAUCAUCUGAAAUGACAAUUAAUGUUCCGUUUGGCGAUGGUGAAUAUAAAGAACAUCCAAUACCAGAACAAUUUAAAACACAUUUAAAAGAUGGUAAAGCACUUGUUACUGUACCAAAUGAAUCAGCUGGCGUUUAG